AUGGGCGUGUUUCUUGAUAAACCGAAAAUUGAAAAAGAAACUUCAAAUGGCGAAGGUAAUGACCUUAAGUUUGGACUUUCUGCGAUGCAAGAUGUAAUAACUAAACACGAAGCAUUCAAAAAUUACGACAUGGAUAAACACGAUGACAACACAAUAAAAGAAGUCAUAAGGAAAGGUUUUUUGGAACUGGACACAAUGCUAAGACAAACACCUACCAUUACCAAUGGAGAAGAAUCCAGCGGAACAACAGUUUCAUCUUGCUUGCUGUCUCCCCACAAAAUGUUCUUCGCCAAUUGUGGAGAUUCGCGGUCUCUCAUUGUCCGAAAAGGGACCGUGGCGUUCAGUACCCGAGAUCACAAGCCACAUUUGGACGACGAAAAAACACGAAUUGAAGCUGCAGGAGGAAGCGUUAUAAUGAUGCGAGUGAAUGGAAGCCUUGCAGUUUCCCGUGCUCUUGGAGACUUCGAGUACAAAGAUAAUGCUCAGAUGGAUGCCAUUGAGCAGCUGGUUUCCCCAGAGCCAGAAGUGACUGCCGUAGAGCGAAACGCAGAGGAAGAUGAAUUCCUGGUUGUAGCUUGCGAUGGGAUCUGGGACGAAAUGACCAACGAAGACUUGUGUGCCUUUGUGUCGAGCAGACUAAGGAUCACACAUGAUCUGGAAAAGAUCUGCAACGAAGUGAUUGACACGUGUCUGCACAAGGGAAGUCGAGACAAUAUGAGCAUCAUUAUUGUCACAUUUCCUGCAGCGCCUAAAGUCAGUCAGGAGGCUGUUGACGCUGAAGCAGACCUAGAUAAGAGGCUGAAGAAGAGAAUCGACGACCUGAUGGACCAAGAAAAGAUCACAUCGAUAAACGAGAUCCUGGAAGUGCUAUCCUCUUUCGACGGUCUGCCGCCUGGCGGGGGCGUACAUAGCAAGAGGAACUUCAUCUGGGAUUACAUGGUGGAGAAGAAACCUGCACUGGCGGAGCAGAGCGAAGAGGAAAGCACCAACUCAUAUCCCUCCGCACUCCCCCUUGACAUCAUAUCGCAAAGGUACCAGCGCUUUGCAGCCGCCACUAUGGGCGCAGGCGCUGCGGCAGCCGGCGCCACCACAACCGGUGGUGCGGCAUCCGGAGGAGCUGUAGCAGGUGCAGGAGGACUGUCAAAUGGAAGCUUAGAGGCAUCCACUCCGGCACAGAGCGAGAAGUCGGAGUGA